AUGUCCACAACCGAAUCCUCAAGCUACAAACCGGAUAUACCAAGGGAACCAGUAAUUCAAACGAGUGAAAAAAUACACAUCGAGCUCACACCCAAUGACCUGGACUCUCUAGCCGCCACCCGCUUCGUCCGGUCUCCCUCCGCCGGCGCAACGGUCCUUUUCAUCGGCACCACGCGCGACACCUUCAACGACCUCCCCGUAUCCUCACUAGCCUACACUUCCUACGCACCCCUCGCCAUGGCCACUCUUCACACCAUCGCCACCACCCUCCUCGCAAAACACUCCCUCACCAAGAUUGCCAUUAUUCACAAGCUCGGCGAGUGUCCCAUCGGCGAAGAGUCUAUUAUCAUAGCAGUCAGCGCGCCGCAUAGGCAGGCGGCGUGGAGAGCGGGCGAGGAAGCGCUCGAGGAGACGAAGAAGCGUGCGGAGAUUUGGAAACUGGAGAGAUUUGAAGGGGGCGAGGGCGUGUGGAGGGCGAAUAGAGAUGGGGCUAUGGGGGUUAAGGUCGGUGAGAGAGAAGGCGGGGAGGAGAAGCAGCCAGAAGGGGCAGUUGCGUAG